UUAGUCUGUAAUUUGUCCUUUUUCAUGAUAUCUAAUAGGAUAAAACAGGCUGAUGUGUCAGAUUAAUAAAUUAGCAGCUUGAACAGCAUUUGAGCUUUCCCGUCCCCUUCACUGUCAGUUUUUUAGAUGGUAUUAGCUAAAGUAAUUUGCUACCCUAGAGAUUAUGAAAAGCAAAGCCUGAGUAAACCUAUAAAAGAAACAUUCCUUUAAUAUUAUUUGGAUAAAUAAAAACAUCUUGUGUUAGCAGCUGUCUUCUGUGAAAUGUUUCUAAUGCUUUGUGACAGAGGAUUAUUUCUUCUGUUUUGAACUUGAACCUGUCAUCAACUAGCAGCUUUGUUUACUUUUCUCCUUUUCCGUUCCCUGAAUGCCCCAGUGUAAGCCAUCAGCUCCAGUGCUUGUGAGCAUACCUACACUAUGCUGUGUGCUGGAAAUGGAUCCUUUCUCCUGAUCUUAAGGGUUGAAUUGGCUUGCCAUGUAAACAGCAAAGGGACUAGUGCAGGUAAUGCUGGCCCAGGAUUCCAUUGUGAUCCUGGCUCACUUCCUCUAAACUCAAACCCAAAGAAAUCUGGAUAAAAGCAGGCACUGAUGGCUUUUUCCCCAAGAGCAAGGAAUUGUCCCAGCACAAGCAGAUUUUCUGUUUCUUUCCAUAUGAUUUGGCCACUAGGAGUGCUACAAAAUGAGGUGGAGUGAUCCAGUUCUUAAUCUUACAAGAUUUUUUUUUUUCAUGACCUACAGAAGCUGUGUCUCCCAGUGCUUGACCCAUUUUCUUUUCUUCAAGGUGCCUAUGGAUAAACCACUGCCUCACCUCCCCUAGCCCAGCAUGGAAGAGGCUGAGUGCAGUGGGGAGAUCAGUGGCUUUAGACAGCAAUAUCCCUGUGCUGGUGAGAUGGGAACAAGAUGGAUUUUAUUACCGUGGUACAGUAAAAGAGGAGAUAGAGAGUGAAAGAGGCAUGUUUGUGGUAGAGUUUGCCAAACCACUUGUGUCAUGUGGAAGACAUCCAAUGUGUGUGCAAAAAACAGCAAAGGAUGACAUCCUGGAAUAUGUGAACGGCAUGAAGCACUCCUUACUCCCUGGAGACAAGGUGCUGGCACCCUGGGAGCCAGAUAUGGCCAGGUACGGCCCAGGAACUGUCCUCACAGGCAUUGAGACAAGGGACCCCUUACGAGCCUCAGAGGAUGAAGAAAUUAUGGUCCAGUUCUGGAAUGACAAGAAAGUGAAACUCGCACGAGGUGUGGCUCUGUGGAUCCCUCCUAGACUGUGGGAGAGGAUUGUGGAGAUGAUCCACAUGCCCUUCACCAGCAGGGUGAAGCCCAGAAAAAGUCUGGACACUAACGCUUGUAUUUCUUCCUGCAGUCCUAAAGCAUCCCUGAUUCCUGUUUGUGCUGUACAUAGCCUUGCCAAGCACCGCUUGUGCUGCUCACCCUGCUGGCCACACUUCCGCUGUCACCAUGAUGGCAUAUGCUGUUUUUCAGCAUAUGUGAGGUGCAUCUGCUGCUGCCAUCCCCACGUUGAUGCCUGGUGGCCUCUUCCAUCCAGGUCUCCAGUCUUUCAGAGCGAAACUGAAGAGGCAGAGUUGAGCAGUGAGCCCUCUCCAUGCCUUGUAGAACUGAAAGACCCAAAACAAGAAGCAGCAACAGCUGUAGCAGGAUUUCUCCCCUGUUCUGAUUCAGAGUGGGGUGUGGAGCCAUUCCCCACUAAGAGUACUGUGGUGGACAGUGCUGUUGACACAGGCUCUGGUUGUCUUGAGAAGCCCAGGCUAAAGGAUUCUGCAAAACCCAAGUGGAAAUACUGGAAAAGAAGCCACGACAAGUCCCAUCCCAGUGAUUCAGGACUCGGCAGAUGCAGUAGCAUGUGUACAAAGGGCAAGUCGGAAUCCAAAGCCAUCUCCGUUGGUGACAUGUCCCGUGUUGCGCUGACUAAUCAGAGUGCAAUGUUUGAAACCAUUGAGCAGUCUCCUAGAGGGCAACUCACAAUGAAAGAAAUCUUAAGAGACCCAGAUUUCAAGCUGUCAUUGGGGGAAGAAGGUUUUGCAGCAUCAGAAAAACAAAGAUGUAAAACAGCAAGGAAGAAAACAGAGUCAGAUAAGUGUAAAGCAACUUGCACAGGAGAUGAAAAACUUGAUGAUAUGAACCAUGUCAGGACAGACAGAAAAAACAUCAAAGAGCCCACUUGCAACAAAGCAGAGAGAGACAUGAUCGAUCAGAAUUCAAUAAAUGUACAACCGAUGAAGUUCAGGAGCUGAAAUUUCAGGUAAACUGCUUAUACUGUAUCAGUGUAACAUUUGUUAAGCAAAUCCAGUUCUGAUUUAGGUAUGGUCUCUGUAGAAUAUCGAUAACUGUAUAAUUUUAAUAACUCAAACUCUUUCUACCUAUAUUGAAUUUCAGCAUCCUCAUUCUUUACUCCAAGGUGUUAUAUUAAAUUCCUGAUUAUUUGUACUUGACUUUACAAUUCUGGAGAGAUCAGGUAAACUAGUAUGAGCACUAAAAGCCUGAACAGAUGCACAGCAAGAGUCUAAUAAACCUCCAAUUUGUCUAAAGUUCUCUGGAAUCAGCCAGAGGAAUUCAGCAGAGUGAUUUUUUUUGUUGUUUGUUUGGAAGCCAGAAGGAAUUGAGAAACAAUACAAGCUGACAGCUGAAAAAUAUUUCUUCAGGAUUGACUACUUUCUCUUCUGCCUUAGAGGGUAAAGGACCUGCUACUGUAGAUACAAACAACAAAAUACUUAGAGAUUCAGCAUUCAAGUCACUGAAUUUUCUAUUCCCAUGAAAAUUAACGGAAACUUUAAUACCAUCCAAAAAGAUUAGAGAGAUAUAUAUAGGUGAUAUCACUAAUUCUAACUGUGGAAUCUGAUCCUUUGGGAGAGUUAAGUGUCCAGAGUGUCUUGUUAGUGGGACCACUCAUGUUUAAAGCAUAUGAAGUUGGCCAUAAGCUGCAGCGUGCAGCUGCUCAGCAUGUCUUUCCCCUGCAGGAAAAUUGGAGAUGGUUCAGGGUACCCUACUACCUCCUGAAAAAGGUAGCUAACUGGUAUUUAGCCUAGGUAAGAAGGACUUAAAGUGUCAAAUAGUUUAUAUAGCUAUGGGCUGGGUUAAACCAUGACAACAUCUGAUGCACAUUCAAGCACCUUCUGGAGUUGGGUCCUAGAUAGUCAAUUUCACUUGCAUUUUAUUUCUUUAUCAGAAAAAUAAAAGUACAAAUAGGAAAGAUGUAUGGUGAGCCAGCCGCUCCAAAAUCAGUGCCAUCCCACAGAAGCUAAUGUACGUUCAUACCACAUGGAUUGUGCUCUCUGUGGUCAAGAAUGCAACAGGGACAUUCUGUCUGAGGAUAGUGUAAAAGAAGCCGUCAUCACAAAGACUAAAUUAUGUAUUUUGUUCCAUUGAUUGUAUCUUUAAUUGUUUAAAGCAUAAGAACCUGGAAUUACAGUCACAUAAUUGGAUUUAAGGCACACAAUGUACAAGUAUUUAUAAAAUCAGUGUACAAAGUGGGCUGCGUAUAAUACCACUGAGUAGAAAACAAAUAU